UCGUGGAAGCUGUCAGAUUGUCAACAUGGUUUUAUCAAUAUUUGGACAGAUGUUAUGAUAGAGCGAAAUGUAGUAGGCUAGGAAACACCAUAAUAAUGGAAUUCAAAGUCCUUGUUCUGUCCUCAAGAUAGAAAGUUUACACAUCUUACAUCAUGGGUGCCAUAGAAUCACAUGAUUUUGCUCCUGUCCGUGAUGAUGAACGUAAAGAGCUCAACUUGAGCCGGAGAAUCACCUACAAGCAGUAUUGGAAGCAUUUGGAUGGAGAUUGUCAUGAAGCAUGUCUCACAGAGAUACCUUGGAGUAUAAGGGAUUCCAUUUGUCUGUAUGAACGGAUGAACGUGUCUUUUAAUGCAAUAACUGAACUGCCUCCAGAACUCCCUCUUCGAUUGCCUCAUCUGUACUUCCUGGAUCUUAGCCAUAACCAAAUAGAAACUCUACCUGACAGUUUUGGACUUCUCUUCCACUUAAAAACACUGCUGUUAAAACACAACAAGUUACACUCAUUACCACAGUCUUUUGUUCAUCAUGUGAAGCUGGAGAAAAUAGAUUUAUCACACAACUUGCUCAAAGAACUUCCAGAUGGUAUAGGGAAAAUGGAAUCGUUGUCAAAAUUAAAUGUUGCUAAUAACAAACUCAGAAUUUUACCAGUGUCUCUUGGAAAUUGUAAAACUUUGACUCUUUUAUUAGCUCAGGGAAACAGGUUAAAUGAACCUUCACAAUGCAUUUGUGAUGAAGGAUCAGAGGUUACAAUUAAGUUUUUAAAACAGAAGUAUUUUACUCUUCAUCCUUAUACUGAUCGCCUACCCAGCAGUAACCUGAAUGAAUUCUUGCGUGUUCGAGGGAAUCAGCUGCCAAGCUCUGUGCCAAAUCCUCACUCUGCUCAUGUACAGUAUAUCCAGACUCAAACCCACACUACUAACACACCAAGUAGAAUUAAAAGUCCACUUUUACCUCCCCUUGGGGCCAGUGAUCUUGAUGCAGACAUACUGAGGGAUAAGAUUAUUGGAUUGAUAUAUGGUGCUGCAAUAGGAGAUGCAGUAGGACUUGCUACCAGGGGUAUGUCUGUAGACGAAGCCGCAUUCCACUACAACAGUACAGAAAUUCAGUACUCUGACAUUGUUGUGGACAGUCAUCGUGUCCGCUGGAGACCUGGAGACUGGACAUCCAACUUUGAUCUGUUUGUGUUGGCUUUGGACUCAGUGAUUUCCUGGGGAGGAGUCGUGGAUGAGUUAGACUUUGCAAAGCGUCUCUCUUUCUGGUGUCAGAAAGGUUUCCCAGAACUUGGUGAUACUGAGGGAAUCAUUCUCAGUCCUACAAUCAAACAGGUCACAUCUUCUAAGGAAUAUACAGACAAACCACACAGUGUGUCUGAGGAUGUUUACCGCACACAGUGUCACCCACCUACACAGAAUGGGAGCCUACCCAGCUCCCCAACUACCAAUAGUGAUGUGUUCAUAGGAAACAGUGACAGCACCACCAACAACAUUGGUGGACUGGAUCAGAAGUUGUAUGUCCGCAGCGACAGUCUGGCCUCUUUCUCAUGUGGUGGAUGUGAGGGAUCAGGAGCAGACAACGGGGCUAUAGUCAGGACUGCAGUUUUAGGAAUACCAUCCUUCUUUGACCUGGCGGAGGUCGUCAAUAACACCACAAGGAUAUCUCGGGCCACCCAUGCUAACCCACACACCACAGCCUCUUGUGUAGUGAUCUCAGUUCUCGUGGCCCUCAUGUUACAGGGUAAAAAAGAUUUGUCUAACGCUGAAGAUCUGGAGGAGAUUAUAGCUACAGCCAAACUGACAGGGAAGGAGAUCCUGAAAGACCCAGAACAAAUUGAGGAAUUCAACCAAUAUUGUGAUAAAGAUAAUCUGGACAGCUUAAAGGUGACAGAUGAAAAGAAAAUGGGACACACAUUUAUGCCGUUAAGUGCUGCUCUGGUCAGCUUGAGAUCCAAUAAAGAUUUCAGAACAGCCCUGAUGAAACUAAUCAUGAAAACCGGUGAUGCAAAUAGCAAUGCUUGUGUGGCUGGAGCUCUCCUGGGUUGUAAGGAGGGAUUCUCUCAUCUUCCAAAACACUGGGUGACAGGACUGAGAAAAAAGCAAACAGCCUGGCUCAACAUUAAAGUCAACAUUCUGCUGGAUAUGUUGGGCCUACCAUAAUCAUUGUUACUCAGCAUAAUGUGGUAUAUGUAUGCCUUAGAUGAUGUUUUAAAUAUUAAGAUAAUUUCUUCUGAUAUCAAGUUGUGUUAAUAUAUGUACAGUGACUUGACAAUGUGUUCAUUUAUGUUUAUAUAUAAUUAAUUACUGCCAAUUAGUUAUCUGAAAACGUCCUCAUGCCAUCUGUGAUAAAUUCAUCAAUGAUCAACAUUUUGUACUAUACUAGUGAAGCGUUUGUCAUUAGAUAAAACACCUGUACAUGACAUUGUGUUAUCUGCCAUGACAAGUCAGUUUUAUUGUCACUAGUCUAUAGCUUUAAUUAACAGACAACAGAAUAAGAAGGUUUAAAAAGUCAGGAAACUUAACUUUUACACCUAAUUUCAGCAACCAUUAUUUGAAGAAAUGUUUACAAUUGUUUAUAAUUUUCUUUUAAAAAUUUCACAGUAAUUCCACAUGUAUGUCUUGUCUUCCUCCUAUCAGUGACUCAAAAUUUUUAUGUACUGAUGUUUUCAAAUUUGAUACAAAUUCAGAAAGCAAAUUCUGAUUGAAUGGGCUAAAUGUUUUGUUCGUACACAUAAAGUGAAUCAAAGUAUUCCAAAUCUGUUUUUUUUAUAUAGCACAAUAAAAAAUUAGCACAAUAUCACUUUUUGGCAAAUAAGUGCAAUGAUGAAUUAGUGCAUCCAGAGUAAUUGUUAUACAAACAAUAAACAAACACUGCAGGCAGGACAAUGAUAUUUUAGCACAAUUGUUUCAGUUCAGCAAGUACUAAAAUAAGAUUACUGUUAAAAUUUAUAUGCUUACAGUAACCAAAUUAAACAGGGUUGCUACAAUAGUACAUAUGGAUAUAAUGAUCUUAAAAUGAUGCCUUUAUGAUGUAUAUACAGAAACAUACCACCUUAAACCUGAUAGUCUAACUUCCAUUUCUUAAAAAAAUACAUGAUCUGUUCUUUCAACAUCUUACCAGAUU